GCGCGGCGGCGGCGAUGGCCCUGCUGCCGCGGCGGUUCCUCUGCUUCGUGCUGGCCCAUCACUUCAUUGCGGCGACGGCGUGCCAGGAGGCGGACUACGGCUGGAUGAUCCGGCACUACUGCCUGAAGCAGUUCCAGCUCAGCAUGGAGGGCAUUGGGCAGCGGCUCUGGUGCGACUGGGACGAGACUGUGGGCACCUACGGGGAGCUGACGAACUGCACGGCGCUGAUCGCCGAGAGGCUCGACUGCUACUGGCCCAACCGGCUGGUGGACGAAUUCUUCGUGGCCGUCCACAAGCAGUACUUCAGGAACUGCUCCCCCUCCGGGCGGGCGCUGCACGACCCCCCCAAUGGCAUCCUCUGCCCCUUCAUCCUGCUGCCCGUCCUCGUCACCCUGCUGAUGACCGCGCUGGUGGUGUGGAGGAGCAAACGCAGCGAGGGCAUCGUGUAGGGACGCCCUGCCGACAGGGCGGGGGCCCCCACCCCGAAAGCACCCGUUUUUUUGGGAAGACCCUGGCAGAGGAGCGUCCCCGGGGGGGUACCAAGCUCCAGAAGCAGAGACGGCAACGCCACCGCUCCUCCCUCGUCGGUACGCUCCGCACCGCGCACAUACCGCUCGCCGGGCAGUUUCUAAAUAAAUACGUCAUUUAAGACUUGGUGGUUUGGCGAUACGGGAUGCCGGUGGCCGGUGAGGCUGCCCGGCGGCGGGGAGCCCUCUCGGGGUACCGGGGAGCACGGCUCGCCUCGGGCAUCGGCAUGGCUGCGUCUUUCCCACCUGCUUCCCUCCCGCAGCAUCGCAUUUUGCCAAAAGAAGAACAUUUUUUAAAAAUAAGAAAGAAAAGGGGGCGGGGGUUGAAAUCCUGCUGGCCCCGCGAUGCUGGCGCGGCGUCAGGAGGUUGCAGCGGGUGUAACCGCGAGGCCGGUGGGUCUGGAGGCAACCCCGGGCGAUGAAACCUUCAGGGCUUUCUCUUUUUGUCCCCUUUUUUUUCCACACCAGGCCCCCAGCGCAAGGCCGAGGCCCAUGCAGGGUGGGUUUUGCCUGGGAGAUGGGGAGCGCUGGCGGAAAAUCGGCGGUGGGAGCUGGUGGCACUGGUGGUGGCACCGGUGGUGGCACCGGUGGUGGCCUUCGCGGUGCCCUGGGGCUAACAAGCAACGGGAAUAAGGCGCUUUUCCUACCUAAAUAAAUACAUACAUAAAUAAACCAGG